AUGCUACAGACCUGCGUGUCGCUGGUGCAUCGCAACCUGUGGCCGCUGCUGACAGCGCAUGCGAUAGCAGACGCAGCCGUGUUCCUGCUGCACCGCAUCUCCCAUCGCGCCACCAAUGAAGCUGCGGUGGCGUUCCUGCUAGGAGGCGCGCUGUCGCCCGCCGCCAUAGGCAACAUGUGGUGGCUGUCGGUGGACCCGCAGCUGGCCAACUUCCAGACCGGCUACCAGCCGCUCACCUUUGUCUUCUUCCUGCUCACAUUCCCCGUCGUCGUGGGCGUGAAGAGCUGGGCGGCGCUGGCCACCAUCCUCUUCUGCCAGCAAGCAGGCAAGGGAGAGCAGGAGGACGGGGCGUCUAUUGGCUCCCUGUGGGGCCGCAUGUUCCUUGUGGAGCUGCUGGUGGCAUCGGCGGUGGUGCCUCUGACCUUUGCCAGCCUGGCUGUCGUCACCAUCCCCCUCACGCUGCCCCUCAUCCUCGACCUGCAAGGCGCCGGCCCUGCCGCAGCUGUGGAGGGUGUCUCUGGCAUGGCGGCGGUCGAUCGCAGCCGGGCAUUGCUGCGCAGCAUACGCUGGCAGCUGGCCAUCCCUUUUGUCGGCCUGGUGGCGGCACGGCGGCUGCUGGAAGCGGCCAAGUCGACGCUGGUGAAUGCCAUGCCGCCACGGUUCUACCAGGAGCUGAUUGAGAUCCCUCUGGUGGUGCUUGUCGGCGGCACUGUGCUCUCGCUGCUGGUCGCCAGGCUGCAAGAUGUGCUGCCGUUUGUGGCAUACACCGAAGCAGCAAGCCUGGAGACGUGCAGCACUGCGGCAGUAGAUGCGGCCCAGGAUGGCAGCGGUGCGCCAGCUGACGAAGCCAGUCCCGCAUAA